UGUGUAAGGUCAUCUAUUCGUUGAGAUACAACGGACGACUUGAGACGUGUCAAAAUGUUUAAAAUAGUUCUUUUAUUUGGGGGCAUUGCGCUAUGCCAAGCCGACCUUCCAGUGACGCCCCCAAAGACGCCUUCUGCGACCCCUCCGCCCGUGAGUUGUGGCGUAACCCCUACAGAAAUACACAAAUGCCUCGGAAACCCGAAGCUGGUGACCAGAGACAUCACCGCGCAAUGCAACUCCAAGGGUCCAAAUGAGUGCGAGCGUAUGAAGUGCAUCUUCAGUAAAUCAGGCUGGAUGAGCGGCGUCGCCAUCGACAAGGCCAAAGUGACCGCUCACUUCGAGCAGUUUGCUAAGGACCACCCGGAUUGGGCGCCGGCUGUCAACCAAGUUAAGGCUUCUUGCCUGGCGGGGAGCCUGCCUACACAGGGAGUCUACCUAAACUGCCCGGCGUAUGACACCAUUCACUGCGUGCUGACGGUGUUCUUCAAGAACGCGCAACCCUCCCAAUGGUCCACCGCCGCAGAGUGCAACUACGCGCGGCAAUUUGCCGCGGCCUGCCCCAUUUGUCCUGAAGACUGUUUUGCCGCAGCCAUCCCCUAUGGCUCUUGCAACGCCUGCAGAUUAUUACCCCAAAUUCCCCAGACUCCAUAACCUAUUGUCUCUAUUACCUU